ACAACAGAAACAACAGAAUGGAGCCCACAGCAGGUAACCAAAAAACACAAAAAGGCAAGACCUUUUUGUCAGCCUGUGCUGGACCACUUCGAUGAGCAGUACAGAGAGGAACUUGGAGACUUGUGGACUUCUGUAAGAUCAGCCCUCCUCGACCCUCACGUCUGGCAAUAUGGUGUUAUGGUUAACCGCUUCACAGCUGAGACAAACCUCACCCAGGUUUUGCAGUCACAGGGAUUUUUUAAGUUCCUACCUCAGACGGACGUCACUAAAUUGCGUUGUGGCGCCACCUCACUAGUUUCCAAUGUUAAAUACCACUCAGCAGAAGACUGUGUGUCAUUGCCUCGCUGCAUCUCCAAGUGCCCCCCGGAUGACUACCGUCUUCAACCUGACAUCACCUCAGACUCGCUUAGUCAGGACUUUGAAUCAGAGCUGUCACCUAGUUUGCCCUUAUCUUCACUGCAGUGUUAUAUCCACCCAUAUCCAGUGCGAUUUCCUGCUCAAGCUCACAGGCCUGGUCAGCUGAAGCAGUACUACCUUCUGAAUGCUGCCUCCCUGCUACCUGUGCUGGCUUUGCAAGUCAAAGAUGGAGAGAAGGUUUUGGAUUUGUGCUCAGCUCCUGGAGGCAAAGCCGUAGCCAUAAUGCAGUGUGCCACUCCAGCACUUCUCUGCUGUAAUGAACCGGAUCCUCACAGACGAGACUGGCUGUCCAAAACUUUAGAGUCGUUUCUACCUCAGUCAUUAAGCAGCAGAGUGAUUGUGUCUCCACGGGAUGGACGAUGUUUUGGAGUUAGAUCAGCAACGACAUAUGACAAGGUUUUGGUCGAUGCCCCUUGCUCUAAUGACAGGAGCUGGUUGUAUUCUAGCAGCCACCAGCAGGGGGAACAAAGACUGAAGGAAAGAGACAGGCUUCCUCUGCUCCAAGCUCAGCUUCUUAGGUCUGCACUGUCAGCGGUGCGUCCGGGGGGUGUUGUUGUCUAUUCCACUUGCACGCUGUCCAGCGCUGAGAACUACGCUGUGGUUCAGACUGUGCUCAAUGAAUUUCCUGAGGCCGAACCUGAGGAUCUGUGGGAGGAGGUUGCCGUCCCUCUCUCAAAAUAUUUCGCAUUUGGUCCAGCUCGCCCCGAUCACGGUCGGACGCCUUACCAACCGGUCUCGCGGCCACAGAAAAGCGCCGUGUCCGCUGGUCACCACACACUUGGACUUUUAGUGGUUCCUCAGCUUGGCAAGGCCUGGGGACCUAUGUUUUUGUCACGGAUUAAAAGGAGGAAAUAGCAUUUUUUCUUCUGUGCAGAAAAGAUAUGCAGGGAGAAAUACUGUGGCUAAACAUUUCCUUUGUGCAAAUGUCCUCAUCUGGGCUUUUUAAGAUGCACAGCACGUCAUGGAUGUGGUUUGUAACUGACAACAAAUGUGCUAAUUCACAAUUAUACACUAUAAACAGUCAGCUGAUACUGUACCUCUGCCACGUUAGAUAAGGGAAAUGUGUAUAUAUACAUGAUUAUAUAUGCACAUGGCUGUGUAUUACAUGCACAUGUAACAAAUCACCGCAGCACACAGCUGCUUUAUGUUCAGGAUUUAGUGAAGAGAAGAUCAAACCAGAGGUAAACAAGAAUAUCAGAGUAUCAGAUUUACGUGGAUUAACUAGUCAGAUGUACAGGAUGAAAAAAACAACACUUCUCACGA